AAUUUGUAGUUAUUCCGGCAUUGGAGGUAAAUUGGAAGGAAAGGUGAGUGAGGUGGUAGCAUGAAUCGGUCUCGGUGUAUUUCUUUCUCCACGCAAAGGCCACGUAGGUAACAUUUCUUCCGAUCGCUUUCCUUGCGACGCCGGCGAAUAAAAAAAGGAAAGCGCUACGGAGAUCAUCAGAAAUGUGGGUGUUUUACCUCAUAUCGUUACCCUUCACCAUCGGAAUGGUGGGUGUAACGUUUUGGUACUUCGCCGGACCAGACGUACCUCGUUAUGUUCGUUACACCGUCGGUUACACCUGGUUCUGCUCUCUCUCUAUCAUCAUCCUUGUUCCCGCCGAUAUCUGGACUACACUAUCCAAUCAUGACAAGGGACAAAUAUCUUUCUUUUGGAGCUGGUCUUAUUGGAGUACAUUUUUACUCACUUGGGUUGUGGUGCCUAUACUUCAGGGUUAUGAAGAUGCAGGGGACUUCACUAUGACUGAAAGACUGAAGACUAGUGCACAUGCAAACUUAGUUUUCUACUUAUGCGUUGGUGCUAUCGGGCUUGUUGGACUUGUCUUGCUCAUUGUUGUUCAAGAAUACCGGAUAGGAAACAUUCCUGGUUUUGCCAUGGCUUGCUCCAAUACAUUUGGUCUAGUCACUGGUGCAUUUCUUCUUGGCUUUGGUCUAAGUGAAAUUCCAAAAGGCAUCUGGAGAUCUGCAGAUUGGACAACUCACCAAAAGAUUCUUUCACACAAGGUGGCCAAAAUGGCCGUCAAACUUGAUGAUGCUCAUCAGGAUUUUUCAAAUGCAAUAGUAGUUGCCCAAGCCACGUCAAAACAGAUGUCAAAGCGUGAUCCUUUGAGACCUUACAUGAAUGUCAUAGACAAGAUGCUGAGUCAGAUGCUUAGCGAAGACCCCUCUUUUAAACCACAAGGGGGAAAUUUAGGAGAAAAUGAUAUGGAUUAUGACACUGAUGCAAAAACAAUGGCUGCACUUAGACGUCAGCUCGAGAUAGCUCGAGAGAAAUACUACCGAUACAAAAGCGAGUAUAUGAAUUUUGUAACUCAAGCACUUGAGCUGGAAGAUACCAUAAAGAACUUUGAGCAUUGUAAUGGCACUGGAUGGAAAUAUAUAUCAAGCUUCCGGCCUGAAAGAAGUGGAAGAUUAGGGUCUAUGCUGGAUACGACAGAGUUGAUUUGGCGUUGUGUAUUGGCAAAGCAACUUCAGAAAGUUUUGGCAAUCCUCUUAGGCUGUAUGUCCGCUUCUAUACUUCUUGCCGAGGCAACAAUUCUACCAAAUGGAGUUGAUUUAUCGCUCUUUUCUAUUCUGAUUAAUGCCAUGAAAAAGCACGAAAUGCCUGUACAGGUUGCUGCCUUUAUUCCUUUAAUGUAUAUGUGUAUGUGCACAUACUAUUCCUUGUUCAAAAUAGGAAUGUUGACAUUUUAUUCAUUGACUCCAAGACAAACAAGUUCAGUCAGUUUGCUUAUGAUAUGCUCGAUGGUCGCACGCUAUGCCCCUCCUAUUUCAUACAACUUUCUCAACCUUAUCCAUCUUGAAAACGGCCCAAAGACUAUCUUUGAAAAGAGAAUGGGGAAUAUUGAUGAUGCAGUCCCAUUCUUUGGAAGAAGUUUCAAUAAAAUAUAUCCACUUAUUAUGGUCAUCUACACCUUAUUGAUUGCGAGCAACUUUUUUGAUCGAGUCCUUAGCUAUUUUGGGAACUGGAAAAUUUUCAAAUUCCUGAGUGAAGAGGCUGAUGAUUUGGAUGGAUUUGAUCCCUCAGGACUCAUUAUUCUGCAAAAAGAACGUUCUUGGCUUGAACAAGGACAUAAAGUUGGUGAACUUGUUGUUCCAUUGGCCAGGAAUUUCCAGAAUGCAAGUUUGGAUCUUGAAACUGGAAACAAUAUUAUGCUCCCUGAAACAAAACCGUCGACAAGACUAAGAGAAGAAGAUAAUGUUAGCCAUUCAAAACCUCUAAAAGGAGAGGCACAACAUGAGAGCAGCAAAGAAGAGAUCAAUGGAAAGUACAAGGCAAAAAGAUCAAGAUCGAUGAAGAGAGAAAAUAGCAUGAGUUCAAAUGGAAGGAACAGGGAGAGCCCUUUGUCACGGGAUGAGAACUCCAUGAUGGAUUUGCAAAUUCAACCUUCUAGAGACUUAUCCUCGACAUGGAGAUCAAUGCAAACAGGUUUCCGCAACUUCAAGUCUAAUAUGGAAUCGAAGGGAUUCAUCCCCUUACAUCAAGUUCAAGAUGCAGGACACAGUCGUGCUUCCUCAACUGAAUCCCUGGAUGAAAUAUUUGAUAAAAUAAAAAGACCAGCUUCAGAGUCCACAAACUAUGACAGUGAUGAUGAUGUGUAUGAAGGCUUGAAAAGACCAAGGCCAGGCAGAUAAUAUUAUGUAAAAAAGAAAAAGAGAGUGUCAGAGAGCAGCGGCAGCCUACAAAUUUUGUGUGAGAAUGAGGAUAUUGGUUGUAAAGUUUGUUCAAUAUUCUUUUCUCCUUGUAGUAGGUUUCUGCAACUGCACAUCUUUUUGGCGUCUGUUUUUAUUGUAACAGGUAGUAGCAUAGUCAUUUCUCAACCAUAUAUAUAUACACAGAAACCUCAACUUGAAAACUUCAGAAGAGUUGGAAACUCAAGUUUCUGUAAUGUCUCACUCUGUCAACCCACAGUAGUUGUAUUUCGAAAUGAUAUUAAUAGAUGUAAUAUUAACACACCCCUUUUAGCA